AUGUUGUAUCCGGGAGAUUAUCGAUCCGGAAUGUCCGGUGAGGCAAUGCCACAAGCAGUCGUUGAACCAAAUCCCAAAGCUGAGAAUAUUUUCUCGACUGAUCUGCCCAGACUUGACAUAUUCAAUGCGAAGAAUUUAAGUGAACUGAAAGAACACAGUCUUGAUUUUUGGGCGAAAUCGGAUGCAAAUGCAGCUAGGAUUUGGAACCAAUCAUUUGGCCCAAAGAACGGAUUUGAGGAAAUGAUCGAACUAACGAAAAAGGGUAAAAUGUGGCCGUAUCCAAUCAAUAAUGAAUAUCUACUGGUCGGUAUCGAUGUAUGGAGGACGAAACUUGCCGAUUACCACCUACCAAGAACCGGACCAAUAGCGCAUUUCAUGGAAUUGGUCUGUGUCGGUCUUUCAAAGAAUCCGUAUAUGACUGCGGAAAAGAAAAAAUCCCAUCUUGAGUGGUAA